UGUACAAUUACAAACCCUAGAGGCAAAGCAAAGCAACUUGGUUUGCGUUAUUAUUCUUUCUUCUUCGCCAUUCGCUACUGUGUUUUUAUAUUCAUUUUCACUUUCAUCACACAGAUUCUCUUCCUUUUCACCGCCGCACAAAGCAAUUUUCGUUUUCUCUUUCCUCUUUCGCUGUUACAUCGAAAACACGAAUCUCGCUUUUUCAUUUUCCCGUUUUAUACAAAUUUCGUGCGAAUCGAUUCAAUUAUUCGUGAAAACCCUAAUCUGAUAAAUGGGGAAGAAGAAGCCAGCAAUCCGCGACGACGAGAAUCCUCCGCCGCAACAAGGCGGUGGCAAAUCGAAGAAGAAGGCUCCGGUUAUCGAUGACGAUGAAUAUUCUAUCGGAGUGGAAGUGUCUGAGGAUGCGAUUCCGGUUGCGGUGGAAGAGAAACCCGUGAAAAAGAAAGGUAAGAAAGGUAAUGCUAAAUCGAAAAAAGAUAAUGAUGAUGAUUUUGAUGAUGCUGUUGUUGUUGAUGAUGAUGAUGUGAAUGAAAUUGUUUUUGCUGGGAAGAAAAAAGGGAAAUCGAAAAAAAGUAGUGGUGGAAGUGUGUUUGCUUCUGGAUUUGGUGUGCUUGGUGAUGAGGAGGAUGUUGAUAAUGAUGAUGAUGAGAAAUCGGAGGUAACCGGUGAGGGUGAUGACGAUGAGGAUGAACCUGUUGUUAGUUUUACAGGGAAGAAGAAAUCCUCGAAGGGUUCUAAGAAAGGUGGUGGUGGAAGUGUGUUUACGGCUGCGGCUGGUUUUGGUUUGCUUGGGGAUGAUGAAGAUGUUGAUAAUGAUGAUGGUGAGGAGAAAUCGGAUGAGGAUGAACCAGUUGUUUUUUCGGGGAAGAAGAAGCCCUCAAAGGGUUGGAAGAAAGGGGCAAGUAGUUUGUUCAGUGCAUUAGAUGAGAAUGAUGAUGGAGAGGAGGAGAGUAAGAAUGAAAAGGUAGAAGAUGAUGAUGAUGAACCAAUCACUUUCUCAGGUAAGAAAAAGAAGUCAUCAAAGGGUUCGAAGAAGGCGGGUGUUUCAUUGAGUAAAGCUAUUCCGGAGGAGGAUAGUGUUUCUGUAUCUGAGUCUGCUAAAGGUGGUGAUUAUGAGAAAGAUGAGGAUGAUGUUUCUUUUGCAUUUACCGGUAAAAAGAAGUCUUCUAAAAAGAAAAGUGGUAGUGCUGCUGCCAAAGUGAGUGAUGAAAUUGAGUUCGGGAGUGAAAGUGUGAAUGUUGUUGAGGCUGAGAAGCCUAGUGUUGACAAUGGUAAUAUAAGUAAGAGUGAAGAGGUCGUUGGAACUUCCAAGAAUAAGAAAAAGAAUAAGAAGAAGAGUGGGAGGACUAAAGAAGAGGAGGAUGAUUUAGAUAAGCUUCUCGCAGAGCUUGGCGAAGCCCCUGCUACAGCACAACCUGCUGCAGCUCCUCCUCAGCAAGAUGAUAAAGUUCAGCCGGUUCCUGUAGUAGGUUCUGCCCCUGGUGCUUCAGGAGAAAAGGAGGGAGAAGAUGAGACUGUAGAGUCAGCUGCCACAAAAAAGAAGAAAAAGAAGAAGGAAAAAGAAAAGGAGAAGAAGGCAGCGGCAGCAGCAGCUGGAAGUGCACCGGUAGUUGAAGCUGUAGAAGAGAAAGCUGAGGCAAUUGAACCGAAGAAAAAUGAUUCGAAGACCAAAGCGGCUGACAAGAAAGUGCCAAAGCAUGUUAGGGAGAUGCAAGAACUACUGGCUAGAAGAAAAGAGGCUGAAGAAAAAAAGAAAAAGGAAGAGGAAGAGAAGCAAAGGAAAGAAGAAGAGGAGCGACGAAGGAUAGAGGAACUUGAGAGACAGGCAGAAGAGGCUAAACGUAGAAAGAAGGAAAAAGAAAAGGAGAAACUCCUGAAAAAGAAGCAGGAAGGUAAAUUGUUAACUGGUAAGCAGAAAGAAGAAGCCCGGCGUUUGGAGGCAAUGAGGAGGCAGAUUCUCAAUAGCACAGGGGGUGUGACUCUUCCUGGCGCGGACACCGGUGGACCAUCUAAAAAACCUAUUUAUCAGACAAAGAAAGGGAAAUCAACGAAUCGAAAUCAUAACGGUGCCGCUGCUGUCAAGACAGAGGAAAAUGUUGAAGCAACGGAAACUACUGCUGAUCUAGAUACAGAGGAACUGGAAAAGGUUGAAGAAGUGGAGUCGGUGCAGAUGGAGGACAAAGUUGAACUUCCUGAAGUUGUUGAAGAAGUAGUGGAUGAAGAUGAUGAUGUUGAGGAUGAAUGGGACGCAAAAAGCUGGGAUGAUGUCAAUCUGAAUGAUAGGGGUGCAUUUGCUGAUGAAGAAGUUGACUCCGAGCCUGAACCAAUUGUCAAAAAAGAGAUUAAAAAUGGCAUACCUUCUAAAAAUGCUGCAGGUGCUACAAAUAAACCUGUUACAAAGCCUGCAGCUGAAGAAACUGAAGAUAGAAAACAGGCUAAAGUUGUGGUUGAGGAUAAAAAGAAAAAGCACGAUCCACAACUGUCAGCCGUGCCUUCUAAGCCGAGUGAAGGGAACCUUCGGUCGCCAAUUUGCUGCAUCAUGGGUCAUGUGGACACUGGCAAAACCAAGCUUCUGGAUUGCAUUCGAGGUACCAAUGUUCAAGAAGGUGAGGCUGGUGGUAUCACCCAACAGAUUGGUGCAACGUACUUUCCUGCUGAGAACAUACGUGAAAGAACCAAGGAACUGAAAGCUGAUGCAACACUGAAAGUUCCCGGUCUACUGGUUAUUGAUACCCCAGGACACGAGUCAUUCAAUAACUUGAGGUCUCGGGGUUCAGGUCUAUGUGAUAUUGCAAUUUUGGUUGUGGACAUUAUGCAUGGCUUAGAGCCACAAACUAUAGAGUCACUCAAUCUAUUAAAAAUGAGGAACACUGAAUUCAUCGUUGCAUUGAAUAAGGUUGACAGGCUUUAUGGCUGGAAAACAUGUCGCAAUGCUCCAAUUCGUAAAGCAAUGACGCAGCAGUCUAAGGAUGUUCAAAAUGAGUUCAAUAUGAGGGUCACUCAGAUCGUUACCCAGUUCAAGGAACAAGGGCUAAAUACUGAAUUGUAUUACAAAAACAAAGAAAUGGGCGAAACAUUCAGCAUUGUGCCUACAAGUGCAAUAAGUGGUGAAGGAAUCCCGGAUAUGUUAUUACUAUUAGUUCAGUGGACCCAAAAGACCAUGACCGAGAAGCUUACAUACAGCGAAGAAGUGCAGUGUACCGUUUUGGAAGUCAAGGUUAUUGAAGGCCAUGGAACUACUAUUGAUGUUGUUUUAGUUAAUGGUGUUCUUCAUGAAGGGGAUCAAAUAGUUGUAUCUGGAAUGCAGGGUCCAAUUGUUACCACAAUUCGAGCUUUAUUGACACCUCAUCCAAUGAAGGAACUUCGUGUUAAGGGAUCGUAUAUCCAUCACAAAGAAAUCAAAGCUGCUAUGGGCAUCAAGAUCACUGCCCAGGGGCUUGAACAUGCUAUUGCUGGAGCUAGUUUAUAUGUGGUAAAGCCUGAUGAUGAUUUGGAAUAUAUUAAAAAAGCAGCUUUGGAAGACGUGGAGUCGGUCUUGAGCAGGAUUGACAGGAGUGGUGAGGGCGUUUGUGUCCAGGCAUCUACCCUUGGCUCAUUGGAAGCAUUAUUGGAGUUUUUGAAAACUCCAGAAGUGAAUAUUCCUGUUAGUGCUAUAAACAUAGGCCCGGUACAUAAGAAGGAUGUGAUGAAGGCCAGUGUGAUGCUUGAAAAGAAACGAGAAUAUGCUACUAUAUUGGCAUUUGAUGUCAAAGUCACCCCUGAAGCUAGGGAUCUUGCAGAGGAAUUGGGUGUGAAGAUUUUUAUAGCCGAUAUCAUUUAUCAUCUAUUUGAUCAAUUUAAGGCUUACAUGGACAACAUUAAGGAGGAGAAAAAGAAAGAAUCUGCGGAUGAGGCAGUCUUCCCAUGUGUUCUGAAGAUCUUACCAAAUUGUGUCUUCAACAAGAAGGAUCCAAUUGUUUUGGGAGUUGAUAUCCUUGAAGGCAUUUUAAAGAUUGGAACUCCAAUUUGUAUCCCUUCCCAAGAGUUCAUUGAUAUUGGUCGCAUUGCCUCCAUUGAGAAUAACCAUAAACCGGUUGAUUAUGCGAAGAAAGGGCAGAAAGUAGCCAUUAAGAUUGUUGGCAGCAAUUCUGAAGAACAGCAGAAAAUGUUCGGGAGGCAUUUUGAGAUUGAUGAUGAACUUGUAAGCCAUAUUUCACGGAGAUCUAUUGAUAUUCUCAAAACUAAUUAUCGGGAUGAUCUGACUAUGGAGGAAUGGAAGCUGGUGGUUAAAUUGAAGACUUUGUUCAAGAUACAAUAAGACUUGAUCUGUAUUUUUUUCAAGAUACAACGAGAGUAUUCAUUUCUGAUAAACAAGGUUUUCAGUGAAAUGUUUGGUAAUGCCGGACUUCAAGGGAUUUUUGUGAGCAUGCGGUUGGGUUCACCUUGUAGAUGCAAUGAUGCGGAUAGAAGGCGUUUUGUAGUGGCAGAGUGGCUUGUACAAGAAACUUCUAUGCUCCUGCAGCUUGGAUCCUCUGGCCAAAAGGGUAACUGUCAAGGACAAAAGGUCCAAAUUUUGUGAUUUACUAUACACAUCUGUGGUAUACAUGGAAGCAAAUAAGAAUUUAAUUUUCCAUUGUUGGAUGAGAGAAAGCAAAUAUUCACGGGAGUAUUUAUCAUGUUAACAGACAAAAUUGUUGACUUUGUCGUGUACAAAUUUUCCAUUUGUAUACGACAGUGUUCCAUGCCAUGCAUUUUGGUUUUGGAAACGGGCAUGGAUAUGUAUACUUGUUUGGAUAUGCAUGUGUAUUUUAAAUAUUGCAGCAUAUAUUUUUCACAUGGAGAUCUACAACGCUCGUCUGUAGUGAGAGCUGGAUCUUUACGCCUUUGAACAGAAAUCUUCCAAUGAUGACA